AUGGAACAAUACACGCCACCACAACGCGCUGUUAUCGUACAGCUUUACAUUCAAAACAACUUCUCAAUUGUGAAAACGCAACGUGCAUAUCGUGCAAAAUAUCGAGUGAAAAAAGCGCCUUCAGACCAUACUAUUAGACAUUUACACCAAAAAUUUUUGGCUGAUUUGACAGCUCCCGACUUCUUCCUGUGGGGUUUUUUGAAGUCCAAAGUUUAUGUCAACAAGCCACGGACCCUGGAAGCUUUGAAAGACAAUAUCCGACGGGAAAUGGCCGCUAUAGAGCCUGAAACACUUCAGAAAGUGAUGGAAAAUGCCGAAAAACGAGCCAUUCCGCCAUCCGCUCUGGCGGUGGCCAUUUACGCGAUAUAA